AUUUCGGUUAAUUCCAAAAUCUUUCAAGAAAUGGCCCAAAUUAACGCCAACAACCUGGAGCUUGUGCUGGACGUGUACGACGACGGAACGAUCGAGGUUGCCCCUCCAGGCGAACAGGUCAACAGUCAUCACCGCCGCCACAACACCAACCAACACCAUCACCAUCCAGUGGUAGAAUGCUGUUCCGAGCUGAGCUGCCAACCUCCGGUGGAGAAACUGUUCGAGCGACUGCCGGAGGAAAAUGUCUUGGAAGUGUCUUCAAGUGACGAAUCCGAACCGGAACUGGUGGAGGUGGCGUGUCCGUGUCGGUGUGACGGAUGUCACGGGAGAUGCCACCGGAAGGUAGUGAGGACAGGAAGAGGAGCAGCAGCACAGGAUGAGGUGGUCAUGAUGGAGGCGAACAUCCGGGUGAAGGUGCCCAUCAAGAGGAAGCACUUUGAGCGGCUGGUGCAAAUGGCCCGGGUUUGUCAGGAGCGGUUGCCGUAGAGUAAAGAGGGGUUCUUUUUUUGGC